UGAAUGGGGUGAAUUCAUAGGUGAAUGAAUUCAAUCAGACAAGUAGAUUAGGCAUAGUAAAGAAAGCAGGGAAAACAAUAGCAUAUUCAUCGCAAAAGUAGGCGCUCGAACACUAUUUCCAAUUUAGGCAUACAAAUGCUCCCUUUCAGCCUGGUUUGCUAUGAACAUGCAAAUACUUUUUUGUUGUUGUAUGUGAAUAACAGUGAUAUUUAUUUUUUAGGGCUCAGGUGCCACUACUCAGAAUAAUCUCGCCCCGCCCCGACCAGGAAAUCGUCAGCCAUUCAGCCCUCUAGAUCGCUGAGGUAUAAACUAUCGAUUCUUAACGCUCGCUGUUGCCAUGCUGGGCUAAAUGGUCUUUGGGGAGAAAAGGCAUUUGCCUGUAUACGGGUUAAACAUGGAAGUAAAAAAGUUUCAUGCCCGUCUUUAUCAAAACUUUCAACAUGAGCUCGCUCUAACAUAGAUGGUAUUUAUGCUCAUAUUCGACACUGUAUGCGCUCUUUUUCAUUUCCCGCUAACGUUAGCUAGCUGGCAUCUUUUCGUGUUCUGCUUUUCUUCUAUAUGUUUAGCUUGCUAGCUCGACUGGAUUUUCUGCCUGAGAUGUGGACUUGAUCAUGGCCGCACAAGUGGCAACAGCCCCAACAUCAACUGGUAAGAAAAGGUCGAGUUUAACUAGCAGCGUGAGUCAAGAGUUUAAAUCUGCUAAAUCUGGAGUAGUUGGUGGAGCUGUAGUUGGGGUAGGAAACGGGACUAUCGUUCAUGCUAUUAAUGUAGAACGCAAUCACCAUGAAUUGAACCCAAACAGAGCUCGAGUUUUUCCUGUAAACAACAAUUCGAGUCAACGUGAGAAGGAAAGUGCAGAUUCUAGAUCGGAGUCUUUUUCGACUUCAAAUUGUAGCAUGAGUUCGGGAAGCAUGGAGACGGGAACGCUUGUCAGUCAUAAAGUGAAAAAUGUUGGUGUCGGAGAUCCUCCUCCAUCGCACCACCACACACCUCCACAGCAACAGCCAUUCAAUCAAUUCAUUCAGCACCAACAACGCCAAAUUCACAACAGCCAGCAGUCGAUACAUGGAGAAAGUGGAAACCGCCAACAUGGAGGAAAAGAGAACGUUGUUUUAGGGAAUCAAGUGGAACUCCAUCAGCAGCAACAAAUGCUAAAUAAAAGUGAGGAGGAGGACCAACCGGGCAAAACGGAGGACCGUAUUAACAGCAGGUACGACCAUGCCAGUUUGGGACCAACUAAUAACAUCAACCCGUCCCAAAGUGGGAACAGCUCAGUUUCGGAGUUAAAUAAUAGUUAUUAUGGAAAGGGAAGAGGAGGGCCUUGCUUUGAUCAACAUGGCGGACAACAAAGCCCAGGGUCUGGGAUAAUGCAUUCGGUACAACAGAACAAUAUGGAUCAACUUCAACAAAACUCCCACGAAGGAUACCAAAACAACCCGUACAAUCACUACCCGAACUACCGAUCUGGCUACGGUAACAGUGGAUAUGGGAUGAUGAGUCCCUCUCGGCACGGGAACAACAUGAUGGGCCAAGUCAGCAACACGGCUGCUGCUAAUCAUAGCAGAGCUGCCAUGGCUGCUGCCUCUUCUUCUGGUGGUGCGAAUAUUGGAGGGUUUCACAGAUUUCCAGGGCAAAGUCAGCAGCAUCCGUCGGGGGCUACCCCGACUCUAAACCAGUUACUGACAUCCCCGAGCCCUAUGAUGCGGGGCUAUGGCAGUGGCUAUCAAGAUUACACUAAUCCUUCUGCUCAACAACAACAAUCAAGCAUGGGGCUGACUAAAGACUUGAGCUCCCAAUACGGUUCAACAACUCAUAGUUGGGGAGGACAAGAAAGAAGUCACCCUGCCAUGAGCCCUGGAAACAACGGACAAGGAAGCGGCAGAUCACAGGUGCCACCAAUAGAUGCCAUGGCGAUGAAGCGCUCUCAGCUCUACGGCAUGGGCAACAACCCUUACUCCCAGCAACAGCAGGGCGGGGGUGGCUCCUACCCUGGCCAACCAUACAGAUCACCUUCUCCUCACCGCUACCCAAUGGGAAUGCCUGGGAGGGGUCAGAUGGGCAUGAGUGGAAUGCAGUAUCCUCAACAGCAGCAGCAGAUGGCAGCUCAGUAUAGGCAGCAGCAGGGGGGCAUGGGUGGGUACUGCCAGCCACAAGGCCAGCCCCCGUACUCCAGCCCUCCCCAACAGCAGCCUGCAGCCCCCACACAGCCCCCCUACAUGCAGCCACGUCCACUGCCACAGCAGGACCUGUCUGGGUCUAUAGAUGACCUUCCCACGGGCACAGAGGUGGCUAUCAGCUCAGCGGUCAGUGCUUCGGGGUCCACCAGCAGCCAGGGCGAGCAGAGUAACCCGGCCCAGUCGCCCUUCUCACCCCACAUGUCCCCUCGCCUGCGUAGCGGCCCCUCCCCCUCCCCCGUGGGAUCACCCGUGGGUUCCAGCCAAUCGCGCUCCGGACCGAUCUCCCCCGCCAGCGUCCCAGGCACCCAGAUGGCCCCACAGACCCCUGGGAACAUGUCUGAUGUGGGUUCCCAUUCCACCCUGAGCCAGUCCCCCAUGUCUCAGGAGAGAGGGUUCCCACCUGCCAUGCAGCGGAACACCACAGUCCCCCAGCAGUCGGGUCAGGGACCUGCCAUGUCCCCUCACUCGUCCCCCGGGGGCACCAUGCUCCCCCAGAGCUCCUACCACCAGCUGCAGGGGGGCCCCGGCCCCUCGUAUGGACCCCAGACCGGCCAGUACGGCCCCCAAGGUAACUACCCCAGGCCCCCUAACUACGGCGGGACCCCCAGUGCCAACUACAGCGGCCCCGGCCCUGGCAUGAGCAACAGCCUGGGCAUGAACGCCAGUAGCCCCAUGCACGGCCAGGGACCUGGGCAGCCCUGUGGCUCCAUGCCUGCCGGGCGAGGCCUGGGUCCGGGGGCCAGUGGGCGACCCUACCUCGGUGCCAAUACCAACACCAUGGCCCCCACCUCUCCCAGCAUGCCGCAGCCUGCCGGACAGGGCCAGGGCAUGAGACCGCCCCUGCCCAGUGUUAACCAGGAGGCAGGUCUGUGCCCUGGAACCAACGCCAUGCAGGGGCCCAACGCUGGUCCCAACCCUUCUGCACAGGGCAGGCAGGGAAUGACCCCCAUGCCUCACCAUCCAGGCAUGAGCCCCAGAGGGAUGGCCUCCAGCCCUGGUGGCCCCUACAGCCAGCAGCCAGGGGCCAACACCUCCGGGAGGAUGACCCCACAGGGGCCCCAACCUCUCUACAACGCACCCUCAGGGCCCAUGCAUAUGGGAGGAGAGGGGAUGGUGUGUCCCACUGACCCCAAACAGAGACCUCCAGAGCAGUACAGGGAGAGCAUUACUCCUGGUCCUGCCACCGAGCCCCCACCUAAACCCAAGAAGACCAGCCCGGCCACCAUGACCAAUGAGAAGAUUCGCAUCCUGUACGAGAUGGGCGUAGAGCCCGAGAGGCGGGUGUGGGUGGACCGUUACCUGGCCUUCAUGGAGGAGAGGGGCACGCCUGUACCCAUGCUGCCAGCUGUGGGCAGGAAGCCCCUGGAUCUGUGCCGCCUCUACCUGUGUGUUCGAGAAAUAGGAGGCCUGGCCAUGGUGAACAAGAGCAAGAAGUGGAGGGAGCUGUCCACCCAUCUCAACGUGGGCACGUCCAGCAGCUCUGCCAGCUCUCUGAAGAAGCAGUACAUCCAGUACCUGUUUGCCUAUGAGUGCAGGGUGGAGCGGGGAGAGGAGCCGCCGCUGGAGAUCCCGGGGGAAACCAAGAAACAGGCUAAGAUCCAGCCGCCCUCACCGGCCAACUCUGGCUCCCUGCAGGGUCCUCACACCCCCCAGUCUACAGGUAGCAGCUCCAUGACUGAGAUGUCAGAGGCCAUGAAGCUUCCCACUCCCGCCACCACACCACACGGACACAUGACCCCCCAGCCAGGCAACAGGAACAGUGUUGGUAUCCGUGUCCACGAUCCCUUCUCAGAGGUCAGUGACCCUGCGUUCCACAAGCGAGGGCCCAUGCCCUCUGGCGCCCCCUACCAGCAGGUUGGUGGCAGUGCAGACCCCUCCAUGAGGAUGCAGUACGACGCCAACAAGGACCCCUAUGAAGGGCCCCGGAAGGGGCCAGGGUGCAGUGAGCCCUAUAGACAGGGUCAGAUGCCCAGUGGUGCCAUGCAGGACAUGUACCCCCGUGGUCCUCCCUCAGGAGCCAUGCCAGGGAUGGGUAUGGGCCCUGGCCCACGGUCACAGUACCCCUACAGGCCUGGCUACGACAGGAGACCAGACCAUGUGAUGGGUUCGGAGGGGGGUGUGCCUCCCCCUGGGGGUCAGAACAACAUGGUACCUUCCAGCGGUGACCCAAGCAUGUACUCUGCCAACCGAUACCCCCAUCAGCGGCCACAUGGACAUGAAAGUUAUGGGCAGCAGUACCCUCACGGCCCCAUGCCCUAUGGCUCUCACCAGUCUGGGAUGUACCCACAACAGGGCUAUAAGAGACCAGUGGGACAAGAGGGGAUGUACGGUCCCCCUGCUAAGCGCCAUGAGGGUGAAGCCUACGACAUUCAGCAGUACGGAGGGCAGCAGCCAGACAUGCACCGCCAGUAUGGAGGGGGCUACAUGGGGCCGGAGCACAGGCCCAUGCAGGGCCAGUACCCUUACCCCUACAGCCGAGACCGCAUGGGAGCCAUCCAGGGGCCCCAACAACACGGCAUGAUGAGCGGAGGCCCUCCCUUCCCCUCCGGAGCCUCUGCAGAGGGCCCCCAGGCCAACAUGUGGCACCCUAGGACAGACAUGGGCUACCCCGGCCGACAGGGCCAGGGGCCGGGGGAUGACCCAGAGGGAAGGGCCCUCCAGGACGGCCAAUGGCCGUCCGGACACCCGGGCCAGCGCCAGUCCCCAUACCCAUCUUCCUCCAUGCCCCCCAUGGCUUCCCGACAGCCCCUCUCCUCCUACCAGUCUAACCCUGCCAUGGCCAACCACAUCGCUAGAGACCCCAGCCCCUUCGCCCGGCCCAUGGGGGGACCCGGACCCCUUUCCCCCAACAACGGGGGCCACUACAUGGCCUCUUUGAAGAAGGCAGGGAUGCCUGGGUUCAUGCCAGGCUCAUACAGUGGGGGGAUGUCAGGGCAGGGCAUUCUACCGCUCCACAGAGAUAUCAGCUUCCCCAUGGGGUCUGUGGAGGCCACCCUGCCCAAACUCAAGGUCCGACGCAGACUUACUUCCAAGGAGACCGGAACCCCAGAGGCGUGGCGUGUGAUGAUGUCUCUGAAGUCAGGUCUGCUGGCUGAGAGCACGUGGGCGCUGGACACCAUCAACAUCCUGCUGUAUGACGACAGCACUGUGUCCUCCUUCACCCUGUCACAGCUGCCUGGAUUCCUGGAGCUGAUAGUGGAGUACUUCCGCCGGAGUCUGAUCUCCAUCUUUGGGAUCCUGGAAGAGUACGAGGUGGGCACCGAGGGCCAGAAGGUGCUGCUCGGACCAAUCACAGACCAGGAAGAGGAGCUAACCGUUGCAGAGCUUGACAGCCAGUUAGACGAAGAGCAGAGGGACAGCGGGCCAGAGAAGACCACAGCCAACGGCAGCACAGAGGAGAAGGAAGAGCCUGUGGAGGUGACUUUGAAAGAGAAGGUAGAGGGGGAGGAAAAUGAGGGGGCCGCCACCGAGCAGUCCCAGCCCCCAGAGCCCAGGCCCAAACAGGCCAGUAAGUACGACAAGCUGCCUGUGAAGGUGGAGGAGGACCAGGUGGAGGAGGACCAGGAGCUCAGUCUGCCCAGGGGGUUCACCUCUGGCCUGCUGCACUGGAAGGCUGGAGGAGGGGACUCCACGGCCCACAUCCAGACACACUUUGAGAGACGUGGCGAGGAGACCAACAGUAAGCCUACAGAGAGGGAGGAUAAGGUAGAGGAGGAGAGGAAGGCUGUUGUAGAAAAGAGCAUGACUGAGACAGCCACUAUGGAUGAUAUGCUGAGUGCCUGGCCAGGCUCUCUGUCAGAGAGGAACGGUCUUCCCGGGCUGCAGACCCAGAGCCCUAUCUUCACCCUGCUGGAGGACGAGCCUCGCUGCUGGGACGAGGCGCCCCUCUCCACGGCCGAACCCUGGCAGGACGCCCUGGCCCGCCGCUGCGUUUGCAUCUCCAACAUCGUCCGCAGCCUCUCCUUCAUCCCGGGGAAUGACAACGACAUGUCCUGCCACCCUGGCCUGAUGCUGAUCCUGGGGCGGCUGGUCCUGCUGCACCACCUGCACCCACAGAGGAGGAGGAUGCCUCCCAGCUACCAGAGAAAGGAGGAGCAGGGCCGGGCCUGCAGUAAAGACCAGUGGUGGUGGGACUGUUUGUCAGCCCUCAGGGAGAACACUCUGGUCACCCUGGCUAACAUCUCAGGUCAACUAGACCUGUCCCUCUACCCAGAAAGCAUCUGUCUGCCCAUCCUGGACGGGCUGCUCCACUGGAUGGUGUGUCCCUCUGCCGAGGCCCAGGACCCCUUCACCACGGCGGGCUGCUCCUCCUCCCUCACCCCCCAGAGACUAGUGCUGGAGUGCCUGUGCAAGCUGAGCAUCCAGGACAACAACGUGGACCUCCUGCUGGCCACGCCGCCUUUCAGCCGCCAGGAGAAGCUCUACGCCACCCUGGUGCACCACGUGGGUGAGCGGAAGUCUCAGGUGUGCCGGGAGAUGGCGGUGGCUGUGCUCUCUAACCUGGCGCAGGGGGACCCGACCGCGGCGCGUGCCAUCGCCCUGCAGAAGGGCAGCGUGGGGAUACUCAUCGGCUUCCUGGAGGACUGCGUGGCCAUGUGCCAACACCAGCAGGGACCCCACAGCCUGGUAAACCCAGCAGCACACCCCCAACCCCCCAGCGUUAACAUGAUGUGCAGGGCCGCCAAGGCUUUGCUGGCCAUGGCCAAGGAGAACCGGACAGAGUUGGUUCUCUACGAGAGCAGGCUACUGGAUAUCUCCCUGUCCUCUGUGCUGAGCUCAGCCGUGGCGGCCAUCAUGUGUGAAGUACUGUUUAAGAUUGGACGCUCCUCGUGACAGCCACAGGCAAAGAAACAGAGGGAGGGGGGGUUGGUCUGACUACCAGGCUACAGUGAACACGAACACAUCGGUGUGGGUGGUAUUAUAUUUUUAUUUAAAUAAAAGGAAACUUUUUUUUUUUUACAAAUAAAUAUAUAUAUAUAGCUCCUCUGCCCAAAUCACAACCUUCAUUUGGAAUUUUUUAUAAUUUUAAUAAAAUAUUUAAUACUUGGUAUUUUACAUUUUUUUCUAUUUUUAUUUGUCGCUUCAUUUUUGUUUUAACCAAAGUUGGCACCCAAUGAAAGGUAACGUACUUUAGUUUUAGGGUCUCAUGCUUACAUUUUAUUUGUAUGUGGCUGUUUGUCUGUAUGGGAUCUUUUUGUUGGUGGUUUUUUGCAGGGGGAAGCAGACUUAUUUAAGUUGUGAAUCAUGUUGUAGAUAGACCUCUUUUAUUGUGUAUUAAGGUAAAGAAAAAAACACUGACUUUACUCUGAAUAUAUAACAGUACAUCAUAUAUCCUGUUCUGGGGGGGGACCCUAUUGUGCAAUAGGAUUUAGUAGGCUUGUUGGGGGGGGGGAAUAUUAACAAAUGUGAAUGACUUUCGACCACAGGCAACUGACCACAAGUAUUGCAUCAUAAUAAUAUUACCAUACCAGUAUAACAGGGAGAGACAAGACACCCUGUUCAACUGACUUACUGGUAACCAUAGCAACACAGUACUUCCAUCAGUCCUUAUCUUCUUUUCUAUCUAUAAGCCCAUUUGUAUAUAGAAGAUGUACAUUGACAGCCCUAUUUGGUUUCUUCGCCAAGAGAUGUGGUAUAGAUAAGUGAUGGUAGUUGAUAAUUAUAAUGACCUUUAGAAUUAUUAUUACUGCUCAUUUGAAUACUGAAUAUUUAGUUACUCACUUCAAAUGAGGUUAGUCAUUUUAUGAUAAAAAUAAAAAAAAGAAUUAUAUUCUGACUGGGACAGGUCUAAGGACAUAUAGGGAUGAGACCGCUCUAGUUUUGGUUAUGAAAAGACAAAACGUAUUUAGAUUGUACAGUCAGCUAGCUAACAGACCAUGAUGGGCAGAACUGUAUUCCAGAAUAACAAUGUUGUAUAACAUGCCUGAUUGACAGUUAAGUGUUGUUGUUUUUUACUCUACAUAUAGGGUACUUCUCCCCCUUUCAUUUGAUCAACUUUACAUUGUUUAUUCAGUAUAAAAUCUUUAUUCUAUGUUCCACAUGUUAAGAAUAAACGUACAUGAAUUUUGGUUGAG